CAGGGGCUGGGCUCAGUAAUGUGUAUACUUCAAACAUCAAGUGGCUGAAGGAAAUGGAAGAGGUGUUAUUCACGAUAUGAAAAGAAAGACAUAUGAAAAUAUUAAUGGAACCAGCACUGAAUAUACCAUUGCACAAGAAAAUGACCCCUCCGUGACCUUACAAUCCCGCUACACGGAAGCAGUUACUACAGCUGAUGUAACAUAAACCAAAGCCAUAAAUUUAGCUACAUCAGCUUCUACUAGCAGCAUUGGAAAUAGUUCA